GAUUGAAUAAUGGCUUUGAGAGCUCGCUAUAAAUGGUCUGAUUUGACGGAUGAACAACUGCUGGAGUUGUUCGAAUCAGUCCCGUCGGAUGUGGACAUGUCGAGUAUUUCGAGUGACGACGAGGAUGAAGACGUGGCAGAGGCACUUAACACUGCAUUAGAAGAUGUCUCUACUGUAUCCUUAAUGUGCAGUAAUAUUGAAAACAAUGCAAAUACUGUGCAGAGCCAUGAGCCUUCCCGAAAAACUCGUAAGAGGCCUCGAUCUCCAUUGCCAGUUAUUGAAGGAGCAACACCUGUAUCUUUACCGUCUUCUGGUGGCUUUAAUGGGCUUGGCAUCGAAUCAAUUAUAAAGGAACCUAGUAAAGGUAUGUGCGACAGCAAUCUAUGCAAUUGCACAUAAACAAUAUUGCUUUUCAAGGCGACUCUUCGUUGCCAAACAGUUCGGGCAGUAUCGUUUGCUCAAGACUACCCGUAACCUGUCGUCAGCUCGUAUUCCUCGAAACUGACGGAGCGCGUAUGCCCCUUGAACCUGCGUUCUAAAUCGGAUGGUGCUACUGUCCUUAGAGACAUCUCCGGAAUGCUGGAGGAGGUGGACCAAGACCUUCUAGAUUUUCCAGUAACGGAUCCACAGAGAACCCAUCAGAACCUCGUCUCGAUCCCCACGAAAGAAUCGCCAACAUUCUUGAUGAUUGGUUCGCCAAGGAUAGUGGGAAGGAGCUCGACUCCAAGCACCAAAUCCACAGGAGCCCUUUGGUGAAACUGCGGAUCAGCGAGCGGAAGGUCAAGCGAAUCCUGCUUCACCUUAUUCGGGACGGCGCGGGACGGAAGUGCUUUAGCUACACUAGGCAGCACCACGGCGACUACUUGGAACUAUCGCAGCGGUUCGUCAGGAGGAGAAAUCUGUAAGCGGCACACUUUGUCGCCGCUACCAGCAUCGCAUUGCCCAAUGCCGCGAAUGCUAGUUGAUACUUUGCAGCUUGGAGGAUUAAUCAAUUCAAACAUU